CGGAUUGGAGUACAAGUGUAUAAAGUAAAUAAACCAGACCGACCCAUAAACAUAAUAACAACAAAAUGACCCAAUCUCGAGAAGAUGGAUCUGCCGAUUCAAUUCGAUCCAGAUAUGAGGAAUUAUGCAGAGAACUCAAUAUGGACAGGGAGACUGAAGAAUUGUCUUGGAAUAAAUUUAUCGAAAUUUCGCAAAGAUUUUCUUUGGAGGGAGAAACUCUUCAUUGGUUUUGCUGUGCCCUAUAUGCUGCUUGUCGUGGAUCGUAUACACCGACAGUAGGUGGGACCAACGAUGUCGUCUUGGGCAACUGUAUAUCUGUAAUUAAGUUGCUACGCAGUUGUAAUAUGAGCAUUCACGAAUUCACAUCCAAAAUGAGAAAGUGGCACGAAAUGGCGAAACUUCCAGAGUCGUUUUUAAACCAAAUCAAUAAAAUGGAACGCAGCUAUAGCAUAACAUCAAAUGUUUUCAUUCGUUAUGCAGAUAUUUUUGAGCAGCUUUUCGUACCACCACCAAAUGAAAAGAAGAGUUGCAAAUUCAGAUCUGCAAAGUGCCCUUAUGGCAAAUUGUUUGAGAUAUGUUGGUGUCUGUAUCUUUGUGCUAAAAAUCAGAACAAAGUUACAGACAUUGUCAUGUCUUUCCACCUAUUGAUCUGGUGUAUAGACUUGGUCUAUAGGAAUGUAUUGAAUGAAAAUCCUGAUCUCAUAAAUCCCAAGUUUGUGGGUGUACCGCCAAAAUGGGGCAAACCCGAAUUCGACAUAAGAAUCUUGAAGGACUAUUGCAUUAUUGAGCCACUUUGCAGUAUGACAAAUGCAUCGCCGCUAGAUGCCAAAAAUAUGAAGGACACAUUUAAGGGAAUCAUUAAGACGUUUUUGAAUGCUAAUACUUUGUAUGGCACCGAAGAUACAUUGAUCUCGAAUGCAAAUUUUGAAAGGAACUUAAGGUCAUUGAAAGGUGCAUAUGAAUUGUAUGUUUUGAAUAUGGCCGAAUUAGACGAACGAAUUUUAUUGGACUACCGUAAAAUUAACAGUUCGGAUAUAAAAUCGUUGAUGCCAAAUACACCCUAUACCCGCAAGGAGAGCCUUCCAAGCAAAGAUGGUGUAUUUGAUCCCGUAGCAAAUGCUACCAAUAAUGUUAAAAAAUUACGAGAAAUUUCCCAUAUUACAGAGCCAUCUGAAUUUAUAAGGAAAUCGACUAGUGAGGAUGUUUUGAAGAAAAUCCAUGAUAAAGUGAACUACAUGUCCAAGUUGUUUAGCAACGAAUUCCCUAACAAAGAGGAGUCCGUCAACAAGUUUCAACUGGCAAAGUCAUUGUAUUACUAUUUGCUAGACAAAAUACUACACUUCGAAAUCCGACAAAAACCUAUCGAUCUCAAUGUUCUUUUUCAAAAGGAUAGCUUUAAUACAACGUUAAUUGCAUGCAGUGUUGAAAUUGUUCUUGAUGCAUACGAUUCUCCACUAAAGUUUCCAUGGAUUUUAAAAUGUUUCGGUAUUAAUGCUUUUGAGUUCUACAAGUUGAUUGAGAUCAUAGUGCGAAGUCACGACAAUAUUCUCAACCGUGAACUUAUAAAACACUUGAAUUUAAUCGAAGAGACAUGUCUUGAAUCCUUGGCUUGGAAGAAGAAUUCUCCUCUAUGGGAAUUGAUAAAGAGGGAACCUAUGCCAUUACCAACCUGGUCAGAAGUUAAAGUUGGGCACAUAGACAGCACGGAGCCUCAAUUACAAUCACCAAUGAAUUCCGCCUUUGAUACAUUUAGUACAUCGACUACACCUAUAGUGAAUGAAUCUGUCAGAAGAGACCUUUUUAACACCCCAAGAGAAACAACAUCGGCUAAUAGGACAACUGACCUUAAUAGACAAUUAAAUGCUCCAAGACGUUCAACGCCAUUGAAACUAUUUCUCAGAAAGUUUUAUAAACUUGCUUGGUUACGUAUAAAGGAAUUGUGCAAGGAACUAGACCUUGGCGAAGAUAUGAUUCAAAAAAUAUGGACCCUAUUUGAAUAUUCAAUAACACAAAAAACUGAGUUAAUGCAGGACAGACAUUUAGAUCAAAUUUUUAUGUGUGCAAUAUACCUAUACAUAAAGGUCGGAGAAGUUAGCGGAAAAUUGUUCAGAGAUAUUAUGAAAUUUUACAGAAAGCAGCCACAGGCUACCAGCAGCAUAUAUCGGGAGGUCUUAAUAAAAACUGAAAAUGGAGAGAAAAUUGUCGGUGACAUUAUAAAAUUCUAUAAUGAAAUUUAUAUGCAAAAGAUGACGCCAUAUGCAUGGAAUUUUAGCAAUAGACAAGAACGAGCCGAUAGCGAUCUUCUGCUGUCGCCACACCCGACUGAGAAACAGACUUUUCCACGACAACUUUCUAGUAACCACUGCUUCUUUGUUCACUCUAUGGACAAAAAUGAAAUGGAGAAGUACACAGCAUCACCAAACCAAUUGACAUUUGAAUUUUGUCGCAGUCCUGGAAAGGUACCAAAUAAAAUAAAAAUUGUGACUGUUUCACUCACUAUUAAUUAA